UCGAGUUCUGGGUUGGGUCGUGUUUUUGUGAGAGCGUGGCGAAUUUAUGUCUGUGGUUCUGGUCGUAUGUGUUGUCCAACUGUUGUACCUGAGCGUUCGGCGUGACAAAGAACUCCGAAAAGGAUCGGCUCAUUAUGAACUUAGUGCAAACCAGUUUCUUUCUUUCUUUCUACUCUCAUCCUGGAGGGUCCGGUGCGCUAUGUCCACAUCCAACACAAAGCUACGAAGAUUACGGGGUGCUUGUGACAUCUGUCGACGCCAAAAGAAACGAUGCGAUAGCGCAAACAUGCCCAACAAUAAAUGUUCUAGCUGCAUUGCGUUCAAUUCUGAAUGCACUCAUACCUAUGUCAAGCCCAGUACAGAGGACAAGAAGCGAAGAAGUCAUCCCGUACAGCAGAAGCCUGCGUCGUCCGCCGGAGCAAGCUUUGUCGAUGUAACCCGGACGAUGGUGAACAGUAUAUUGAAUGCGACAUAUGACUACCCUGAAGAGAGAAGCGCUCUGAUCCAACUUUUGCAUGACAUUGCGCGUUAUGCAAGAACCUUAGAGCAGAACCAACCAGAGAAGGAGACCAGCCCUCGGCGCAAGUCGCGAAGGUCACGAUCACCCUCGUUCCUUUCCACCUCCAACACAAUCCAGUACAACGAAGACGAGAUCGACGAAUUAGCUGAUGACGACGACGGAGUGGUUGUUGACUUGAACCAACUGCCAGAACAUCUCCAGCAUAUUACUGCCGCAUUUGCGAAUAGCCGGUUCUUUGGGAAACAAAGCAACCUCUUGCUGACCAAAGGCGCGAUAGUAGCACGCUCGACGCCCUCAGCACCCAAAUCUACGCUUCAUCGACCCCAGUUUUGGGCCGCUGCAUCUUGGGAGUCGCGAUCAGACCCUCCUCUAUUUAUCCAACGGUUCCCCCCGGCCGACUUGCUUUCGGACCUCGUUGACAUCUACUUCAACCAGAUUAACAUCUUCUGCUUCAUACUACACCGACCUUCGUUCCAGCAGGCCAUAGCGGAAGGGAAUCACCUGAGGGAUCAUCGUCUCGGUGCUCUUGUCCUUGCAGUAUGUGCGUUGGCAAGCAAGAACUCCUCUGACCCUCGGGUCCUCCUCCCUGGCACCAAAAAUGAGCUCAGCGCUGGGUGGCAGUGGUUCUCCCAGAUUCGUCGACCGUUCAGUGGGCCUGUUCCACAAAGCGUGUCGCUAUAUGAACUGCAAUUGUGUUGCCUUUAUGUACUUUUCCAACAAUCGGGAACCGAUAUGGCGUCUUGCUGGCUUCUUUGUGGCAUCGGCAUAUUGUACGCACAGGAUAUUGGGGCUCACAGACGCUCCCCGUCAACCGUUGAAGGAGAAAUGUUCAAACGGUGCUGUCUUUUCCUCCAGAACUUCGACACUCUUGUCAGCGCCUGCUUUGGCCGCCCAAGAGUAGCCCCCGCAUAUCAAUUCAAGAUUGAACCACCUGCCCUCUGUGAUGACGAGUACUGGGACAACAUCCCAGAUCGAGAACUAACAUUCAAUCAACCGCCAGGGAUGCCUGCCAAAACUGAGUUCUGGGAGCGGUUUACGGCAUUGAUCAACCUUUUUGCUUCCGCUUCGCGACACUCAUGUUCAGAAAUUGCAUCCAUUGAUGCCGCGAUGGACGAAUGGGUGGACAUGAUACCCGCACAUCUUGCGUGGAAUCCGAACGGGCAAAAUGACAUCUUUUUUGAACAAAGCGCAACACUUCACGCAUUAUAUUACCACAUCCAGAUUUUGAUUCAUCGCCCCUUCCUGCGACCGAGGUCGAACCUGGUUUCCAACUCACGGGCACUGAGAUCACUGGCCAUAUGUACGAAUGCAGCUCGCUCAUGCAGCCAUAUUGCCGAGGUGAAGACUCGGCGUGGGUUCCUUGCGAAUGGACAACUGAUGAAAGCUGUACUCGAUUCUUCCGCCGUGUUGCUGCUAUCUGUCCACAACGGUGCACGUGGCGGUUUGGCGCUUGAUGCGCAUCGCGAGCUCGCAGACGUUUACCGAUGCUUAGCCUUUUUCCGGAAAUGCGAAAAACGAUGGCGGAAUGCUGGCCGUUUCCACGACGUUCUCUGUGAUUUCAUCAACGCCCAUGGCUUCCCACUCCCUCCCGCUAAGCAUUGGAUUGGCGAAUCACCCAACGCAUUGUUCCCCCUUGGCGAGAAAGCAUUGGCGGCACUGCCUGUGUAUACGUCCGUCUAUUUUGACGUAGAAGAUGAUGACCACGGAGUCGAGCAUUCACGCUCGACCUUUGUUGAAGGGCCCUCAUCCGAGUCCAUCGCUUACAUGCUCACCGACACCGUGUGGUCACCCGACUCGCCCGCGCAUGGCGAGGUGGACAUGGAUGUGGCGGAAUACUUAUCUCAUUGGGCCCCUUGGUUCACCGGCGUCGAGGCCAUGGUACGGGAACAGCUGCAAACGAUGUAG